AUGGGCCUUUCGACCCUACAGCACACAACACAAAAUCCAAGCUAUCGGGGUCCAACAAGAGCGGAGAAGCGGAAAAGGCCUUACAUAUUCAUGGGAUACCCUGCUUUGUCCAAGUUCCUGGCAUCAGACGACGAUGCCUUCGUAAUCCGCCGAUAUGGCGCACUUCACGCAAGGACAAUUUUGAUGCUGCAAGAAAAGAUCAGGCAAUUAGAACAUGAACUUGCCGAAUCAGAUCGGAGUCAUAUAACGAUUCCUGUCGGUAAAGGCUACGAAGACUUGGAACAUAUGGCUGUCACUGGAAGCUUCGCAAAAGAUCGUGAACUAUACGGAGGCCGGCGAUGGGAGAUAAUGCACGAGCUUGCGGAGCUCUUGGAAAAGUACGACAGAUUGGUCUUAUACUAUUCCAAGUUGAAAGAAAAACCCAAGAUGCCGCGUCGUAUCAUCAGGAAUGUCCAAAGCUGGUUCAGCGACUAUCCGACAGCUAUAGAAUCGGCGGAACAAGAAUUCAUCAACAAAGAAAAGGACUUGAUCGCGCUAGUUGAUAGACCAAAGACCCCGCUCCGUCGGUUCUUGGAAAGCUUUUCUUGGUUUAAUCGCUUGUGUUGCUGGAGGGUAAAGCAAAAGGCACAAGAUGAGUAUACUUUUGAGUUCGAAGACCCAGGAAGUCACUACUACAACGAUAGUCUCAUUGACUACACAGUCACUUUGAUCGUUCUGCUACUUGGUCUCGGGAUGCUAUUGGGACCGGCAUGGUGGCUAAACGCUGCAACAUCUUCCACGCAGCGAUUGACCAUCAUCUGCAUCUUCGUCCCUUUGUUCAUGAUCCUACUUGUUCUCGUCACCGCGGUCAAGCCUUUUGAAACCGUCGCCGCCACAUCCGCAUACGCCGCAGUCCUCAUGGUUUUCAUGCAGAUGGGAGCGGUUUCUCAACAAUCACAGUAG